AACAGCAACAUAGUAAUGUUUUUUUCGGUCAGUCCGUUUACCUGGGCACUGUCGUGUCGUGCCGUGAGCAGGUGUGCGAUGCCGUCGCGUGCGGGUCCACAUAAAUACCGCGCGCGGCUGGCACCGCGCCAGUCUGUGCUCUACCUCGUUCAGUGUCGGACCUGUGUUCACUUGUGAGUUGUGUCGUGUCACUCUGUGUCGGUGCCGGAGAUUUGCAACAUGAUCAUCUGCCUGUCCGGGUUCGUUAUUGCCGGAACGUCACCUACGUCGCUGUCGUCGCGUAAUGAUGUUAUGUGCAGCGCGACGUACGCGGCGCACCAGCAGACCCUGCUGCAGCACCUCGCCCACCUGCAGCCCCCGCACCACGCCCCGCAGCCCGCACACCUCGCGCACAGAGGUGGAGGCGCGCGCUGCAGCAGCAGCUCGGAGUCGGUGUCCAGCCACAGCGCCUCUCCGCCGCCGCCGGCCAGGCGCGUGCGCACGCUGUACGCCUGCCUGGGGGAGAGCGAGGGCGAGCUGUCCUUCGAGCCGAACCAGAUCAUCACGCACGUGACGCCGUCCGGCGAGCCCGGCUGGCUGCGCGGCAUGCUCGACGGGCGCAGCGGUCUCGUGCCGGAGAACUACGUCGAGCCCCUGCCGUAGUCGCCGACCUCCACAUUGUUACAUGCAGUAUUAUGAAGCAUUCCUGACCCUGCACAUGGACUCGACCGAUGUGCGGCUCGGCUCCACUAAACAUAUCGUCCACUUGGAACGGACACAGUCUUACGUCUUUAUUGUCUAAGUGAAAUGGAGUUGUGCGCGAUAGAGCGAGGCAGUGCGCGGCACACGGUGCGGAGAUGAGCUGCUGCAGGACAGGAGCCGGGAGAGGUGGCCGCGACACGCCCCCGCCCCCGCCCC